AUGACUCCUGCGCGCGGUAGAACAAAGGCGCGCUUUUGGGUCGGCGAUGAGGAAAUGGCCAAAAAGGACGACGAUCAUCAUAUGCACGGACACAACCCCAGACUCCCUCAAUGGCAAGCUACUCGUGCGCCCCGUCGUCGCGCCCUCGGUCGUCUUCUUGCCUACGUCGUCUUCGCCUCGCUCAUCUUCUACGCCGUUUACAACCUAAUAUUAUCACCAUCCGACAGUGUCACGGACCGCAGACAGUCUGCGACAGACCGCGAGGCGGCGCCGGGCCAUGGCGCCAACAGAGGAGGACAGGAUAAGGCCUACAAUGGACCCCUCAGGUUUCCGGAGCUGGCCAAGACAUUGCGCAAUAUCCAAGGAACCGGGGGCAGCUAUGAGAGAAAUAGGAAUGUCUUGUUUGCUGCUUCUAACCUCAAGAGCGUCUCUACGCUACUCCCCAUGGCAUGUCAGAUGUCGGCGCAAGACCUGAACCAUGUUCACUUUGCUAUCGCCGGUAGGAGUGAGGUGCCGCUUAAGGAGCUGCUUCAGAUCAACGGCAUCGACGAUAGCUGCAAGCUCUUUCUUCACGGUAUGGACAACCCCCCGGAGACUAUCGAAUUCAACCUCCUAAUCGUGCCUGUAGAUGCCCGCACCGACCAUGCUGCCACGUCCACUGAGACAAGGUUGAAACUCGCUACUAUCCGCUCGUUUUUUUACAUCAACAACUUUAUGCAUCCUCAGGCCAUCAUCGUUGAUGGUUCCCACCUCGAAGAUGACUAUUUCCUGCGCUCCAUUCGGGAUCAAGUGAUGGCCACAAAGUCGGCCCUCAUAGAACUCCCGGAUAAGCCCGAGACUCGCUUCUCUUGGAUCUCAAAGCUUGACGCUCCGUCCCUGUCUGCAUGGAACAAGGUGCAUUUUGAUAUCAUCAUCCAAGCACCCCCUCUUGGCACGGCCAACUUACAAAGGCUCCUCACUUCUCUUCGAAAUGCGGACAAGAGCCCCAUAUCUAUUCCUCAUCUUACCAUUGAGCUGCCCUCGGUCGUUGAGCAGCCUCUUGAAAAGUUCUUGUCUGACUUCCAGUGGCCCUUGAGAUCAUCAGGUCAGCUGCUCCAGUCGCAGAUGAUCUCACUCCGGCAUCGGAUCCCCUCUCACCAGAUUGAUGAAGAGGAGAGCUCGGUGAGAUUUCUAGAAUCAUUCUGGCCAGGAAAACCUUCACACAACCAUGUCCUUGUGCUGGCACCUCACACUGAGGUGUCAUCUCAAUUCUUCCACUAUGUCAAAUACACCAUGCUGCACAGCUUCUACUCUCGUGCCUCUAUUCUCCAUGACUGGACUGAUAACAUUAUGGGCAUUAGUCUCCAGUCUCGCAGCACCCUUCUCGACGACACAACCCCUUUAACAGCCCCCAAAACUGCCGACCAGGAGCCAGAUAGCGACAACCAUUUCUUCUGGCAAGCACCAACUAGUGAUGCCAUCCUCAUCAUGGGAGACAAGUGGGUUGAACUCCAUGGUUACGUAUCGCGGAUUCUGGAGAGGCAGCAAACGAAGAAAGACACACCAGCCUUUUUGGCCAAGAAGCACGCCACCAAGAAGCACCCAGCUUGGCUGGAGUAUGUGCUUCAGCUAUCACGCCUCCGAGGCUACUUGACACUCUACCCCAGCCCGGAGACGGCCAGCGUCAUCCUCGGAGCCCACAGCGACUUGAGUAACGUCCCAGAGGAGUACUUGGGCGAUGGAGAGGAAGACGGGGACAAAGGAAGAGCAGACAAGGCCACUUCCACCUUUGAUUCCACAUCUCAGAUUGACAUGCUCGCCACACUGCCUGGCAAGGGAGAACUGCCAGCGUUGGAGGACGUGCCGCUCGUUUCAUGGGACGGCAACACCUUGACGUUUGCCGAGCUGGAAUCAAGUUCAAGGAACCUGGCGCGUCUUUUCCGCCAAGAAGUCGGCGGAUGCUCAGAGAGCGAGUCAGACGAGGAGGAUGACUAUGGAAUGCCACGGCGUGACAAGGACGCAGGUGAUCUGUUUUGUAAUACGGCUGGAUCAGCCAGCGAGGCAGCGCCAGGGUCGGCCGAAGCACCAAAAGCAGCAGCGGCGGCACCAGCAGACGCGGCGCCUGCGGAAAAGCUGGUCAAGGAUGAGGCGUAA